AUGUAUGCGAAUCACUUUCGACCCAAAAAGAACCCAUCUAUAGGAGUAGUGCAAAUAUGCUCAAGCGAUAAUAUUGAGGAUAAUUACAACAAGAUAAAGUAUUUCGUUAAUGACUGUGUAGAAAAAGGAGCUAAAUUAGUAUGCUUGCCAGAGAACUUUGCAAGCAUGUCUUCAUCAAGUUUAGCAUCAAGCUAGAUUGCUGAGCCACUUGAUGGUCCAAUCAUGACUAAAUACUCAAGUUUAGCUAAAGAACUCAAAGUAUGGCUGAGCCUAGGAGGAUUUUAGGAGAAGAUCGAUGCUAAUCCUCUGAAAAGAUACAAUACUCAUGUGAUAAUUAAUGAUGAGGGAUAAAUUGUUUCAGCUUACAGAAAACUACACUUAUUCGAUAUUGAUCUCUCCAAAGCUGGAGGAGUAGCAUUGAGUGAGAGUGAGUUUGUAGAGAAAGGGAUGGAUAUGCCAGAGAUAGUUGAUUCUCCACUAGGCAAGCUAGGACCAACUAUUGUAAGUUUCUUUUGCGAUAUAGUUUCUUAUGAUUUCAUAUAGUGCUAUGAUGUCAGAUUUCCAGAACUCUACAGGAAGUGCAUCCCAUUGGGAAACACUAAUGAGAUGCAGAGCUAUAGAAAAUCAAGCCUUUGUAGUGGCUUCGGCUUAAACUGGCCAGCACAAUGA